GAGGGCGAGGAUUCCGCGUGGUCCGCUCCGUCGCCGCGCUCGAAUCUAAACUACAACUCCCAGCAGGCAGCGGGGCGGAGCUUGGGGACCUGGAGCAUGGCGACGACGGUUGUGGCUGGGCUGAAGCACCCGGGGCUGAGGGGUGCCCUAGGGUACAGGGGGUUUCUCCGGGGCGCCUGCGCCCGCGGGGCCCAGCUGCAGCAGCGCCCGGACCCCCCGCAGUCCGAGCCCGGGCCGUGGCCUCCGGGCGUGGAAUACAUCCCCAGGAAGAAGGCCAAGAACCCCAUGAAGGCCGUGGGGCUGGCGUGGGCCCUCGGCUUUCCCUGUGGGAUCCUCCUCUUCCUCUUCACUAAGCGCGAAGUGGACAAAAACCGCCUGAAGCAGAUGAAGGCCCUGCAGAGCAUGCGCACGGCGAACCAGGGAGACUACGAGAGGCAGAGGUUCAGGUCCUCGGACCCCGCACUGGGAACUGAGGAGCUGUAGAAGCCGCUGCCAGGCCCUGCCCCGGAGGCGCAGGAUAAAUUGGAGGCCGCCAAUAAAGUCACACUAUUUCCCUGAAAAAGGAGCCCGGAGCCUGGCGUGCGGGGGGAGGCGGGAGAGGGGCCGGAGCCCCUCCCGGGACAAAGGCCGGGAACCCUCGCGCUCGGCGUCUGCCCCCUGGGUAACGGGCCGUUAGAGGGCCCGAUGUAGCGGCGGCCAGGCCCGGACUCGGAACUGUCCGUCCUCUUUCUCACCGCCUUCCUGCCCCGGGCCCAAUAAAGCAUUUUCUCAGUCGCGUCCCUCACAGCGGGAGCAUUGGAAGCGCCCGCCCCUCUCCCUGCCCCCCACCUCGGGGUCCCUCCCAAUUCCCAUCCUCGCGUCCUUGGGCCCGUCCUAGAGCCAGGGCGGAGUGAGGGGACAAGCUGCUCGUGCAGGGCCUGGGGUGCCCAAGCCGGGUGCUUCAGCUUCCUCGUGUGUCAGGUGAGCUGGAGAAGGAAAUGGUGAGCCUCUGAUCACAGAGUCUCUCUGAGGAGAAGGAAAUGGUGAGCCUCUGAUCACAGAGUCUCUCUGAGUACGGGGUGACGGGUCAGAUGUGCGCUUUAGCAUCAUCAGUUAAGCAGCUGGGGAGAGGAUGGAGGGAGCCACCAAAGUGACCAAGCUGGCUCCCCCUCCCACAGAAAGCCAGAAGCAGACCCUUGGUUUCUAACAUAGUAUUUUAUUAUAUUUUCCAUUAUAACUCUGUGUGGUGCUCAAAACUCCAGAAAGGUUGCAUACAGAAGCCCUUUUUUGACCCCUGCGCCGGCCGAAGUCAAGAACACUGUUCCUUGAGUCCCUGCCUCCUUCAUAAGGCACUUGGUGUUAAAAGCUUAGCCUGUAGCUUCCUGCUCCUAGAGCAGGGAAGGGAGGUCCUGAUGGGGGGAAUAGUAAGGGGAGCAAUAUCCCAACAAGCACCCCAGAACUGAAGGUUGGGAUGAAAAACACCCAGGUUCUAGCAGUAGCUCUGCCACUCUUGUGAGACCUGGGGCAAGCCGUUUUGCUUCUGGACCUCAGUUCUUUCAUCUGUGCAACAGAGGACUGACUCUAGAAAAGUCUAGGUUAAAAUUCUGUGAGAAGA